AUGCCUAACGUCUUGAUCCUCGGCGGAUCAGGCUACCUGGGUUUCUCCAUUGCCAAAUCCCUCCUUAGAUCUGGCAACCACACUGUCUGGGGUACAGCUCGUAGCCCCGAGAAAGCGAGGCUCCUCCUCCAGAACGAGGUCCAUCCCAUCGAGGAUGACAUCACAGAUCCAGUGCAACUCGCAACUCUCAUUACCCAGCACUCCAUCGAUGUGGUGGUGGACUCGACCUCUGCCUUCGAACAGGCUGGGCAGAUCCUCCAGGGGGUUCUAGACGCUGCUACAGCUCGCCGUGACACGCUGAAGAAGGAGAAUAUCGUUGGCCCAAAGCUGGGAUAUGUGUACUGCUCCGGCCUAUGGGUGCACGGCUCGCCUUCGUCUCGUGUCAGUGAUUUGUCCCCAGUCGGCAGUGCGCAAUCCAAGGGCAAGCCGGCCACCCCGGUAGCCUGGCGUCCAGCUCAUGAGCAGGCCAUCUUGGCGUCUCGGGAUGUCCUGGAUGUGGCCAUCAUGAGACCCGGUACGAUGUAUGGUCGUACCUCCUGGGUCAUGGACACGUGGUGGGGCUGCCUUCUUGCCGCAAAGAAGUCUGGCAGUGAGGAGACGAUCCAGGUUCCCGCCGAUUUCACCGCGCGAACCGGCAUGGUGCAUGUCGAUGAUGCGGCAGCUGCGUUCCAUGCGGCCAUUGACCGGCUAGAUAGCCGGCUCGGCGCCUGGCCUGUAUUUGAUCUGGUGACGGAAACCAUUGGCAUCCAGGAGAUCAUGGAGGCGGCCAAGGAGACGCUGGGCAUCAAGGCCAGGCUGGAGUAUACUGGUACACAUGGCAAUCCCUUCCUGGAGGCGCUGAGUCUGGUGAGCAGAUCAGAUGCUUCACGGGCGCGAACAGUGCUUGGGUGGGAGCCGCGCCGGAGAGAAUUUAUCUUGAAUCUGCCAGUUUAUCUGAAGGCUUGGGAGGCUUCUCAGUGA